AUGUUUGCAGCUUCUUCUAGGCUGUGGUCGGCCGGUGGGGCUGCAGCUCCUGUGCAGGUGAGAGCAGGAGUGGAGGUGACUGGCCUCUGCUGUGCUGUGCUUGAGCAGACCCACACAGCUCGAGGUGGGGCUGCAGCUCCUGUGCAGGUGAGAACAGGAGUGGAGGUGACUGGCCUCUGCUGUGUUGUACUUGAGCAGACCCACACAGCUCGAGGUGGGGCUGCAGCUCGUGUGCAGGUGAGAGCAGGAGUGGAGGUGACUGGCCUCUGCUGUGCUGUGCUCGAGCAGACCCACACAGCUCGAGGUGGGGCUGCAGCUCGUGUGCAGGUGAGAGCAGGAGUGGAGGUGACUGGCCUCUGCUGUGCUGUGCUCGAGCAGACCCACACAGCUCGAGGAGCAGCUUUACAGUACUUGGAAACCUACGUUUCCCCUUCCCACACCGAGCAUCUUCAGACCAGAUCCCCAGGGAUGAUGGGGUAUAUGGUUGUUCAUGGAUGGUCUGCCCUGUGUCUGAGCCCACAGACAGCUGCUGCACACAUCCCUCUGCCAGAGGGUGGGCUCCUGCCCCUAUACCCAUUGCUGAGAACAGCAGGAUGUCUAUCCUGUCUCCAGCAGGUACUAAAUGCUGGGCACUGGGCAGCCGUGCUCCAGAGCAACAGUUGGCAAUCGGAUUGGUGCCAGGCCACCCAAAAGAUCCCUGAGGACCACACACCAGUGCCUCAGAAGACUGCAGACGGGAACAACUGGGGACCAAAUGGCUGUUGGGGUUGAGACUAGGAGGCCCAGGUGGAAAGGGUGACCUAAAGUGAACUGGUGCUGCAGAGGCAGGCCUGUCAGCACUGCGGGGUCCGCCCCUGUGCCUUCAGGGUGCAUGGAAGGCCUGUGUUUGGGGCUGUCUGGACCACUGCUGCUUCAAGUCCAAGUGCUGGGGUUGGCCAGCUCCUGCUGAUGAGUAACCCCGAAUCCAGGGUUUGCUGAGGUUUGUGUUUCCUUGCCCAUCCCAUAAGCCCCCAGAGGGACAGGCUCCUAGGGGCCCCUUUCCCAGGCCUGCCUGCCACUCUUCUGAGGCCAGGUGCCCUCUGACCUGCCUUGAAGUGGAAUUUGAUACUGUACAUUGUCUCAAUGCCCGUUUUUACAUAUUCCUUUCAUUAAAGGUUUUAGUUUGGGUGUAUUUUUGAUCGGGUUGGCAUUGAUACUUUCUUAAGAUGCUGUGAGAACCAUUUCAUCCAAUGCCAAAUAAACUUGUGUUAUGGAAAAA